UAGAUGCUUACAUUUAUUUGCAGAAAUUAAAAUAAUAACUAGACUGGGAUAUUCUGCCUAAAUAGGAUGUUAAGAAUUCUUACAUGUGGACAUAAGUGUUGGCUUUUUAUAACUUUGUCUAUUUAGGAGUCCUGAGUAAAUGUUAAAAUGAUCUUUGGAAAGAACAAAGUGAGCCAUGGGUGGAGAUGUGCUGCAUAUUGUGAUUAUUCCAAGAUUCUGGAAGCUUUUAUGGUUCUGGAGCUGUUGCUUUUCCUAAUUGAAAGCUAGUCAUAGGAGAACUGCUAAUAUAGGCUAAAAGUACACAGGAUUUUAAAUAUCAGUGGGGAAAAAAGGAUCUGAUAGACUGUAAGAUUCUGGGAAUGCAGUCUGGGUGGGUAGGACCAGUUUUAUGUAGAGGGUUCCUCUUCCAUGCUUGCUAUCAAGGCAUUUUCUCUAAAGCCUUCACUCAAGAGUGGUGCUUUUAAACUUCCCUCUAGUUCACUGGAUCUGGGGUUUUUUACCUGUCUUCUAUAACAGGUGUUCCCAGAAUAUUGUGGAAGAGCUGCAAACUCCACAGCUGAGGUUUCUUGAGUGCUCUUUCCUGUGCUGUGACAUUCUGAAACAGAACACUUGGAAAAUGUGCAAUACUUAAGAGGCCAAAAUAAAAAGAAAAGAAACCCAAACUCUGGGUUGCUCUGAACUGGUGUGGGAUGGCUGGGUGGUUUUAAGGCAGGAGAGUGCUCAGGCACUGACACCACACCAGAGCCAAGAGGACCUUAAAGCAGGGUGGUGUAAUGCGAUUAGUGAUUGGAAGUAGAGUGGAUUUGAUGGACUCAUCCCUUCAGAGCAGUGCAGGGUCUCUUGUGGGACACAGUGCAAUGGAGAUUCCCUGGGCUGUUUGGCCUCCUGAGCCAGAUUGUUCCAGAAGUGAUAAUCUGCCUGCUGUACAUGAGAUCAGGGAUUCCUUUUCUGGGGGAAGCAGAAAAUCCAACAGGACUGGCCCAGUGGGAUAUUUCAAGGCUGCUUUCAUAGCCAGCUACAGCCAUGACUUGUCCCAAAGUGAGCAAGUGGUGGUGAUGAGAGCAACUUAAAUCCUGUCUAGGGAGAAAAUGUGUUCCAGGGAACUCCCUGUGUUCUGGUGGAGACAGCCUGGCAUGCUGGCAGGCACUGCAGCUCUUACCUGCACAUCCUUCCCCCAGCAGCUGCUUAGCAAGGCUUUUCCCUGCCCUGGCACACCUCGGCUUGCCUCCCAAGGACUCCUGCUGAGUUCUGUACUUCACCUGGGUGAAAAACUUCCCAGGGUGCUCAGAGUUACUUGGGCAAUGCUGUCAGAUGAAACUGUGGAUGAAACCAGGCCACCAAAUACAUGGGAACUUUUGUCAGUAACUUGUUUAUAGCAUACAUAAACACAAACUAUUAAAACUAGCAGAAAUUCUUAUAGUAGAUAAAUUUAAAAGUGGAGGUUUUAAAUUGCUCAUUCAAUGUGAAGCAGCAUAAACUUGCCAGGAAGUCUGAGCUCUUUGCAUUUAGCUGUUAGAAGGUUGUGGACACUAAUGUAAUAGUUGAUGUUAGAUUUCUGUGUCAGUGUGAGGGAGCAGUCAGGGUAGCUGCUGUUAGCUAGUUUGCCUUUAUUCAUGCCUUGAAAUACUUUUUUCUCUGGACUCUUUCAAGCUACUAGUUUCUUGUGGGAUAAAUAGCAAGUUUUAGACUGUUGUGUCUCUUCUGCUCUUGCCUUUAAUAUCCAGGUCUUUGUUUUUGUAGGCAUUUUGGGUUAGCUGGGUACUUUUAAUCACAGCUCAGAUUGACAAAUUCCAGUAGCCACUUCCUGGCCAUCACUGGUGGUAAAACAAGUUUGUGCUAUAUGGGAGUGGGAACAAACAAUGUUGCUGCCUCCAGCUUUGAGCAUUUCCAUUGGAGCUGUGCUUGGACAAGUGUGAGCAGUAGCUGUGUGGAGCUGGCCUCACUGCUCACCCUGAGCUGUGGAGUCAUGGGGAGACAGUGGCAGGGCUGUGCAGGCCCUGGGAGGACACUUGUGAGUCUGUGCCCAGUGCUGCCCAUGAGGAGUAGGUUCCUGUUGGGAGAUGCCAGUUUAACCUGAAAACCUUUUUGUGAAGCCACUGGUGCUUAUCUUGUAUCUCUGAAAUCACGGUCUAGUGAUCUGGACCAGAAAGAAAGACCACUUUUGGCUCUGGUCCACAAGUAGAAACAGCUGCUCUGGGCUUCUAGAACUGCAGCUGGCACCAUCUUCCAGGUGUUUGUCUCAGCCUCAGCACUGCUUGAGCUCCUCCAUCAGAAAACCCCGGUGCAGCCUCUCUUGACAGGUGGCUGUGUGAGGAGCAGAGCUCCAGGGCUUGUGUCAGGAUGUGACUUCUGUAAGAGCUGCUGUUUCUGUCACUGCUAGUUCUUUCACCCACAGUUUUAAACCACUCUGCAUUCCAGAGGAGUCUCACUCUUUGGUUCCCUGGGGGGAAGAUCAGGAAUUAGUUUCAGCUAAAUGAUUUCUCAGUUUUCUGAAGAAAUGUUUUCUUAGUUGGAAAUAGAAGUAAAAUUUUAAUUUCAUGGUUGAAGUGAUGUCUUCUGCUAGGUAUGUCUUGGUCUAAGGGAGGUUCCUGCCUAUAGGAAUAAUAUACUGAAAGCAUAAAUUGUGAGGUACUCGUAUUUAGUGUGUGAUCACUGAGCAAACUCAUCCUGAUAGAGCUUGACUAGAUACACAACAGCUCUGAAUUUCAGAGCAGUGUUCUGAUUCAGUCUGCAAAGGUGAGGGAUUGGAAUAACUAACACUGCAGGCACAUCACUGGGAAGGACUGCUCAUGGUGCUUUACAAUAUUUAGUCAUAUCCAGCCUGUGUGGGUUCCAUAUAAAAACAUUCUUAUGGAGAGGGCUUUGCAUUUUAAGCUUAUUCAGAUUUUGUCUGAGUUGGAUUUUUGUUUGGGCCUUAUGUAAAAGAUCAGGGGGCUUUUCUUCUCUUCAGACAACCAGCACAGUAAAGGCCAAGGGAGAGCAGGGAUGGCUCCAGACACAUGCUGUUUUCCAAAGGCUUUCAAGGCUGCCUUCAGAAGUCAUUUCGUUUGAGUCUCUCCUGUACAGAAAAAUACACCGAUGAUAGCGCUCUGAUUCCCAAGAACUCAUCAGUGAUUGUGAGGAGAAUCCCCAUUGGAGGAGUUAAAGCUACCAGCAAAACAUACGUUAUGACUCCUAAAUCGCACAAAAUCCUAGAAACUACUUUCAGAAGUCGAAGUGAGCCAGUGAGUGGAACAUCAAAAGCAAUUGAUGACUCUUCUGCAUCUAUUUCUCUGGCCCAGCUUACUAAGACUGCCAAUCUGGCUGAAGCCAAUGCUUCCGAGGAGGAUAAAAUAAAAGCUAUGAUGACACAGUCUGGCCAUGAAUAUGAUCCAGUCAAUUACAUGAAGAAACCUGUGGGGCCACCUCCACCCUCCUACACCUGUUUUCGUUGUGGCAAACCUGGGCACUACAUAAAGAACUGUCCAACAAAUGGGGACAAAAAUUUCGAGUCUGUUCCCAGAAUUAAAAAAAGCACAGGAAUUCCAAGAAGUUUUAUGAUGGAAGUGAAGGACCCCAACACGAAGGGUGCCAUGCUGACCAACACUGGGAAAUACGCAAUCCCAACCAUAGAUGCGGAAGCUUAUGCUAUAGGAAAGAAGGAGAAGCCUCCCUUCCUACCUGAGGAGCCAUCCUCCUCCUCAGAAGAAGAUGAUCCUAUUCCAGAUGAGCUGUUGUGUCUCAUUUGUAAGGAUAUAAUGACUGAUGCGGUUGUUAUUCCCUGCUGUGGAAACAGUUACUGUGAUGAAUGUAUUAGAACUGCGCUGCUGGAGUCUGAGGAACACACCUGCCCUACCUGCCAUCAGACAGAUGUUUCUCCUGAUGCUUUAAUCGCCAACAAGUUUCUGCGCCAGGCUGUCAACAACUUCAAAAAUGAAACCGGCUACACAAAAAGGCUCCGUAAGAUUCAGCAGCAGCAGCAGCAGCAGCAGCAGCUGCCGCCACCACCGCCACCACCACCGCCACCGCCGCCGCUGAUGCGGCAAACGAUAACGCGCACCCUGCAGCCGCUGAUGCGGCCAGCCCUGGCCCGGCAGCAGGACCCGCUCAUGAUCCCGCUGGCCUCCCUGGCUUCCCGCUCCGCUCUCUCGUCCCUGGGCCCCGGGCCGUCCAUGGCAGCCGGGCUGCCCGUCAAUCCAUCUUCUGUGGUUGUUUCUGAUCUCCCUCCAGCAGUGUCCCUCUCUCUCCGUGAAAAGCCGGACGGACCUUUUCGUGAUGCCGAUGCUGUUUUGCCUCCUGCUCUGAUGACUGCUGCUGAGCUUUCCAAAUCUUCCCCUUUGUCAAUCAGCAGUUUGCUGGAAGAGAAGGGCUAUCAGGUUCCUGUACUGAGACAACCAGCGAUACCAAGUCUUCUGGGCCCUCAAGGACAAUCAAUACCCACAACUGGUCAUCCAAUGAGAGCUGGUGCACUUCGCAGGCCAGGCUGGGAACUUUCAAAUCGAGGACGCCCGCACAGUGACCGUGCCCAAAGGACUCAGGCCCCAUCACUGCCAGCAUCAGCACCAGUCUUUGUGCCUGUGCCUCCACCUCCCUUGUAUCCUCCACCACCCCAUGCUCUUCCUCUUCCUCCGGGGGUACCACCACCACAGUUUCCUCCUCAGUUUCCACCUGGGCAGCCUCCAUCCGCUGGGUACACUGUCCCCCCUCCCGGAUAUCCCCCAGCUCCUGCAAACAUGUCAUCAGCUUGGGUCCCAACAGCAGUGCCAGCGGCUCAUUCAAACACCAUCCCAACGACACAAGCACCUCCUCUCUCUAGGGAGGAGUUUUACAGAGAGCAACGGAGGCUUAAAGAGGAGGAAAAGAAAAAGUCCAAACUUGAUGAGUUUACAAAUGAUUUUGCUAAGGAAUUGAUGGAAUAUAAAAAGAUUCAAAAGGAGCGUAGGCGUUCGUUUUCCAGGUCCAAGUCUCCCUAUAGUGCUUCAUCUUACUCUAGAAGCUCGUACACCUACUCCAAGUCCCGCUCAGGUUCGUCGCGCUCCCGCUCCUACUCGCGCUCCUUUAGCCGCUCCCACUCCCGCUCCUACUCCCGCUCGCCGCCGUAUCAGAGACGAGGCAAAGGGAAGAGUCGGAACUACCGCUCGCGGUCCCGCUCCCACGGCUACCACCGCUCCCGCUCCCGCUCGCCCCCGUACAGGCGCUACCACUCCCGCUCCAGGUCCCCGGUGUUCCGGGGCCAGUCCCCCACCAAACGGACGGUCCCGCAGGGCGAGGCCGAGCGCGAGUACUUCAACCGCUACAGAGAGGUGCCCCCGUACGACAUGAAGGCUUACUAUGGCCGCUCGGUGGACUUCAGAGACCCCUUUGAGAAGGAGAGGUACAGAGAGUGGGAGAGGAACUACAGAGAGUGGUACGAGAAGUUUUACAAGGGCUAUGCCGUGGGUGCUCAGCCACGGCCUCCGGUGAACAGAGAGAACUUCUCUCCAGAAAGGUUUGGCCCGCCUGGGACCAGACGAGAGAAUUCACCGUAUGCUCGGGGACGGAGGGAGGAGUAUCCCGCUGGGCAGAGCCACAGGAAUCGUAACGUAGCUGGAAACUACCCUGAGAAGCCUGGGAGAGAGAGCCAUGGCAUCAAAGAUCCUACAAAAUCAAAAGAGAAGGAGGUGGAAAAUCCACUGGGAGAUGGCAAAGGCAAUAAACAUAAAAAACACCGGAAGAGAAGAAAAGGGGAUGAGAAUGAAGGAUUUCCCAACGUUGAGCUGUUAGAAGGAGCAAGAAAACCAAGAGAGCCAGUCCCAACAGAAGAUGCUAAAACAGACUCUCUGUUCAUGCUGCCCAGCAGGGAUGAUGCCACCCCUGUAAGGGACGAGCCCAUGGAAGCAGAUUCCAUUGCUUUCAAACCAGUGUCUGAAAAGGAGAAGAAAGAGAAGGAUAAGCCAAAAGCAAAGAUUGAGAAAACAAAGCGGAAGGUAGAAGUGGCAGCUGCUCCGAAGAAAGACAACGCAGCAAAACCAGCUAAAGCUUCCCAGGAAAAGGUGGAUCCUGAUCGUGAAAAAUCUCCUCGAACAGAACCUCCUGUGAAAAAAGCCAAGGAAGAGCUGCCAAAGACAGACAGUGUUAAAACCUCUUCCUCUCAGAAGGAUGAGAAGGCUCUUGGUACACCACGGAAGGCUCAUCCCAAAGUGACUAAGGAUCACCCAGAAACCAGACCAGCCAAGGAGGAGAAGGCAAAGAAAGAACAUCCUAAAGAAGCCAAGGCAGAGAAACCCUCCAGCAAGGAGGAGAAGUCAAAGAAACCCGCUGAGAAAAGCAAACUUUCCGAUGCCAAACUUGAGAAAAGGAAAAGAAAAGCAGAGGAAAAGGCUGAUAAGGAACACGAAGCCGCUUCUGCAAAGGCCUCUAAACCCGAAAGUGCAGAAUUGAAAACAUCACCCAAGGGGAAGGCUGAGCCCGAGGGGGAGAAAGGAGAGCGGACACCAGAAAAGGAUAAAGCUGCUUUUCUUAACAACCCGUCCAAAAAGAUUAAACUUAACCGUGAAACUGGAAAAAAGAUUGUGAGUGGGGAAAACGUGCCACCUGGAAAAGAAACUGUGGAGAAACCUGAGCCCAGCAGCAGCAAAGUUAAAGCAGAAAAGGCAAAGGGAAAAGCAAGGAGGAAAGUGGCAGCAGCUGACGGUGCUAGCUCGACUCUUGUGGAUUACACCAGCACGAGUUCCACUGGGGGAAGCCCUGUCAGGAAGCCCGAGGAGAAGCCGGACACCAAACGAACUGUCAUUAAGACCCUGGAGGAGUAUAACAACGACAUAACAGCCCCUGCUGAGGAUGUCAUUAUCAUGAUCCAGGUCCCUCAGUCCAAGUGGGAUAAAGAUGACUUUGAGUCUGAAGAGGAAGAUGUGAAAUCCACCACCCAGGUGCCCCCAGCUGUAGGAAAACCCACCAGUGUUAUCAAACCUGUGAGUGCAAAGGCACCAAACCCCCUCAAACACAUUGAAAAGGAGACAGAGCCUCUGGAGAAAGCACAGAAAGCUGCAAAAGAGGCGAGUUAUGAAAGCACCCAACACGAUGCCAAGAGUUCAAAAAGUUCCUUGUCGAGUGAAAAAGGUAAAACCAAAGACCGGGAUCAUUCUUUGUCAGACAAGGACAGUUCUGAGAAGAGGAAGAGCAGUGUUCAGCCAGAAAAAGAGCACUCAGAACGUGCAGCUGAACAAGGAAAUGGAAAAACACUAUCUCAAUCUUCCAAAGAUGGCAGAUCUUCAGAGAAGCACGAUAGUGGCCGUGGCUCCGCUGCGAAGGACUUCACUCCCAACCGAGACAAGAAGUCUGACCACGAAGGCAGCAGGGAGCAUUCGAGUUCCAAGCGCAGGGAUGAGAAGGGUGAAUCAGCACGGAGGAAAGACUCCCCAUCCCGGAUCAGAGACUCCACGGCAGCGCAGAAGAGCAAACCGAGAGAGGAGCGUGUGGAGCCGCCCAAGAAGGGCCCUGUGGAGGCCAAGAGGAGCAGCUACAGCCCCCCACGGGAGCGCAAAGCCGCCGAGCACAAAGCCGUGCACGACCCCAAGCGCCCCGCUGAGGAACACAAACCCCCGGAUAAAAACCCGGGCAAGGAGAAGGAGAAAGAGAAGGAGAAGGAGAAGCAUGUACCAGAAGUCAAGAGCAAUAAGGAGAAAGAGCCAGCUGGGAAUAAAGCACCGGUGAAACAGGACUCACCAGAAGUUAAAGUGGAGAAGGAGAGCGUGGCGGGCCAGGGCGAUAAGGGCGCGGCCAAGCCGAAGGCGCCGGUGAGCAGCGCCGCGCGCCUCUCGUCCGACCUCACCCGCGAGACCGACGAGGCCGCCUUUGUGCCAGACUACAACGAGAGCGACAGCGAGAGCAACGUGUCUGCAAAGGACGAGGAGGCUGCAGGGAAAACGCCCAAAGAGGCGAAGGAAAAGGCUGUGGAGAAGCUGAAAGAGGAGGCGGCGGCCCCAGCUCCCGCCGAGCAGCCGGAGGUGGGCAGGAGCCAGAGCCAGAGCAGCCCCAGCGUCAGCCGCAGCCGCAGCCACAGCCCCUCCGAGAGCCAGACACGGAGCCACAGCAGCAGUGCCAGCUCAGGGGAGAGCCAGGACAGCAAGAAAAAGAAAAAGAAGAAGGAGAAGAAGAAGCACAAGAAACACAAGAAACAUAAGAAGCAUAAGAAACACGUGGGAAAUGAAACAGAAUUGGAAAAGAGCCAAAAACACAAACACAAGAAGAAAAAAUCGAAGAAGAGCAAAGAUAAAGAGAAAGACGACCAAAAAGUGAAAUCUGUCACGACAUAAAUCGACAGAUAAUGAAAAAAUGACUUAAUUACUAAGUCAUCUGUAUGAUCUUUGUUAAAAUGUAAACGACUUCAAGCGUUGUAAAUAAUGACAUGAAAGACCCUGUGCUGCACUUAAAAUAUUGCUGCUUGAUUAUUUGAUUUUUACAUCAGAGCUUUAUAAAAGUGAACAUUUUGUACAGAAUUGUGAGUUGUGACCAUGUAACAUGAAAGGUUUUGCUGGGGCAUCUUCUUUUUAACCACCGUUAAUUAUUUUGGGUGGAGUUUACUGUACUGUGAAGAUUUUCACAUUCGGGUUUUUUUUAAUUGCCUGGCAGAAGCAGCUGGUACCAGUUACCAAAUACCAGCAGAUGCAAUGCAGAAUACAUUACAGCCCUGUUAUGUCACUUUUUGAUUACAAUAAAAAAGUUUUCAGUAAAUGA